UUUUAACUUAUUUGUUCAUGUUAAAUAUUAUUUCUAAAUGUAUAAAUGUUGUUAUAAUAAUGUGUGGAAUAAUUUGUGAAAUCUGUUACUCAAGUUCUGUUACGCCUAAGGUUUACAAUGAUCGUACUAUUCUGCAACGUAUUAAGAAUAGGGGUCCAGACUGUUUCAAUACCUCAGAAAUAAAUUCCGAUGGCGGUAUUAGGAUAAUUUUCUGUGGGGCAGUGCUAUGGAUGCAGGGCCAGGAGCUAACACCACAGCCUGUUGAAAGUGAUGUUGGAAUUCUGCUUUAUAAUGGAGAUAUUUUUGACGAAUCUUGGAAUGAAAGUGUCUCUGAUACGAUGACUAUAAUGAAAAAGAUUGCUCCAAAAACAGAAACUUCUGCAAAAGAACAUAUUAUUGCACAGUUAAAAUUGCUCAAAGGGCCCUUUAGUAUUAUUUACUAUGAUAAACUUACGCAAGAUCUAUAUUUUACUCGUGAUCGGAUUGGUAGGAACAGUCUGCUGUUUCAUAAAAUGGAUAAUUAUAUAGCAAUCAGUAACGUCUUGGAUAGAAGAUAUAAUUGUGUAGAAGUUCCAGCAACACAUAUUUACUGUUUAAAUAUUAAUACUAAUAAAGUCACAUUACACUCAUGGGCUAGUAAUGAAACAGAAAAUUAUUUAAUUGAAGAUCUAUAUGAGACCUUCCAGAAACAACAAAAUAUACCUGAUGAGGAUUUCAAAGUUGCAUCCGAAACUCCAAGAGAGCUCUGGAUUGAGGAUGAUCUGAUAGAGUUUCUUAGAGCUACAUCCAAAAACAAUGAUGGGCAUAUGAAAAUGAUGGAGACACUUUUGAGCCAUCCAACUAUUAUAAUCACCGUUAGAAGACUGACUGAACUUCUACAAAAAAGUGUAAAAAUCAGAUUGAAAAGGCAACCCAAUAAAUGUAAAAACUGUCUUAUUUCUAGAGAGAACUCUUGUUCUCAUUGUACAAUUGGUAUCCUAUUUUCAGGAGGUUUAGACUGUACUAUUCUUGCAUAUCUGGCUCAUAGAUAUGUAUCUGAAGAACAAAGCAUUGACCUUAUAAAUGUUGCAUUCAAAAAAGAUUCCAUGGCAUCAUACGAUGUGCCAGACAGAUUGACAGGGAGACAGUCUUUUGAGGAAUUGAAAACUCUAUGUCCAACAAGAAAAUGGAAUUUUAUAGAAGUUAAUGUUCCCAAAGAAGAACUAGAGGAGUUUCAAAUGAAAACAAUUGCAGAUCUAGUGUUCCCAAGGAAAACUAUUUUAGAUGAAAGCUUAGGAUCAGCUUUGUGGUUUGCCUCUCGUGGACAAGUUGAGGAUAGUACUUCAUCUUGCAGGGUGUUGUUAUUAGGUUCAGGUGCUGAUGAAUUAUUUGGGGGAUAUAAAAGGCACUAUAAUGCAUUUAAGAGACAUUCCUGGCCAGGGCUUAGUGAGGAACUUCUAUUGGACUGGAAGAGGAUAUCUUUUAGAAACCUGGCGCGAGAUAACAGAGUGAUAUGUGACCACGGGAGACAACCCAGGAUGCCGUACCUGGAUGAGGAGUUCACAGAUUAUGUUUUGAAUUUAAAACCCUGGCUGAAGUGUUUCCCUAGUGAUGAUUUUGGUCCUGGCAUUGGAGACAAACUAAUGUUGCGUCUUGUUGCCUUUAAUUUAGGUUUAAGAAAUGUUGUCACCCUUCCCAAAAGAGCUCUACAAUUUGGAUCAAGAAUAGCCAAUAAAAAAGAAAAAGGUAGUGAUUUGUCAAGUAGGUUCUUGAACACUUGAAAUAAACUAUUAUAGUAUUUGAA